UGGUCGGUUUGCCCGAGGUGCGUAUAAGACAAGCAUAGCGAUUGGCGGAACAUUUCAAUCCGUGGAAGUGUUUAAAUAGCGUGGCGCAGCGCAUCGUGUGUUAUUCGUUGAUAUCAUUUUGUCAGCACCCAACCUACAACUUGAAAAUGUCUGGACGUGGUAAAGGAGGUAAAGUGAAGGGAAAGGCAAAGAGCCGAUCAUCCCGUGCCGGACUUCAGUUCCCCGUGGGUCGUAUCCACCGUCUGCUGAGGAAGGGCAACUACGCCGAGAGAGUCGGAGCCGGUGCCCCUGUGUACCUGGCCGCCGUUCUUGAGUACUUGGCCGCUGAAGUGUUGGAGUUGGCAGGCAACGCAGCCCGUGACAACAAAAAGACCAGAAUCAUCCCCCGUCACCUGCAGCUGGCCAUCCGCAACGACGAGGAGUUGAACAAACUUCUGUCCGGCGUGACCAUCGCCCAGGGUGGUGUUCUGCCCAACAUCCAGGCCGUGCUCCUCCCCAAGAAGACCCAGAAGCCCGCCGCCAAGUAAAAAGUCAGCUCUGCCGACUUUUUUGUCUAUACCAAACGGCCGUUUUCACGGCCACCCAUAUUUUUCGAAAAGAUGCCUCUAUAAUAUGCAGUGUACAUGCACAUAAGCAUUUAUAUAAAAAGCACACGUAGAUAACACGCUUCUUAGAUUAUCGAGACAACGGUAUAUAUUAGCGUGCGUGCAGUUGCUUUCAAGAAAAAAGAAACACACACAUAUUAAUUUAAAACUGUCUGUGUUCAAUAUUUUGAUUCCGAUUUGCACAUUCUAUUUGUAUUUCGAUUAAUUUCAUUUCUAUUACGCUGUCAAUUAAUACCAUCCUCGUCCCUGACUGCAUGUAAUCAACGUUUUCCCCGAUUUAAUUUUGUAAAGGAAAUCGCCAGACUUAAAAGAGA